AUGUCUCUCUCAGCUACCCGAAAUGCUCUCCGAGCGCAGCUCCGCCCGCAGUUCGCGCGCACCUUCGCCUCGACCCCCUCGGCGCACGCUCAGUCCCUCAAGGACCGCAUGGCCGAGCUCAUCCCCAAGGAGAUUGAGAAUGUCAAGGCUGUCCGGGCUGCGCACGGUAACAAGAGCUUUGGGGAGAUGACGGUUGAUCAGGCGUACGGCGGUAUGCGCGGUAUCAAGGGCCUCAUCUGGGAAGGUUCCGUCCUCGACGCCGACGAAGGUAUCCGCUUCCGGGGCAAGACGAUCCCCGAGUGUCAAAAGGAGCUCCCCGCCGCUCCGGGCGGAACCGAGCCCCUCCCCGAGUCGCUCUUCUGGUUGCUCCUCACGGGCGAGGUGCCGACGCAGGAGCAGGUCAAGGGGUUGUCGCAGGAAUGGGCGGCGCGCGCCGAGAUUCCCAAGUUUGUCGAGGAGUUGAUUGAUCGGUGUCCGAAUACGCUGCACCCGAUGUCUCAGUUCUCGCUUGCUGUGACUGCUCUCAACCACGACUCGGCCUUCGCCAAAGCCUACGCGGACGGCGUGCACAAGCGCGAAUACUGGAAAACCACCUUCGACGACUCGAUGGACCUCAUUGCCAAGCUCCCCAACAUUGCCGGCCGGAUCUUCCGGAACGUGUACGGGGACGGCAAGAUGCCCAAGAUUGACCAGAACAAGGACUACUCGGCCAACCUCGCGACGAUGCUGGGUUUCGGGGAGAAUGCCGAGUUUGUAGAGUUGAUGCGGCUGUAUUUGACCAUUCACUCGGACCAUGAGGGUGGGAAUGUUUCGGCCCACACUGGACACUUGGUCGGAUCGGCCCUUUCGGACCCGUUCCUCUCCUUCGCUGCCUCGCUCAACGGUCUCGCCGGACCCCUGCACGGUCUCGCCAACCAGGAAGUCCUCCGGUGGCUCCAGAAGAUGCGCGCCCAGAUUGGGGAGGGUGCGUCUGACGAAAAAGUCGCCGAGUACGUCUGGUCGACCCUCAAGUCGGGCCAGGUCGUGCCUGGUUAUGGCCACGCCGUGCUCCGCAAGACUGACCCGCGAUACACCGCCCAGCGUGAAUUCGCGCUCAAGCACCUGCCCGAGGACCCAUUCUUCAAGCUCGUGGGCCAGAUCUACAAGAUUGUGCCUGAUAUCCUCCUCGAGGCGGGCAAGGCCAAGAACCCCUGGCCUAAUGUGGACGCCCACUCUGGUGUCCUCCUCACCUACUACGGUCUUCACCAGCAAGACUACUACACUGUCCUCUUUGGUGUCUCGCGUGCGCUCGGUGUCGUCUCGCAGCUCAUCUGGGACCGUGCCCUUGGUAUGCCCCUCGAGCGCCCCAAGUCGUACUCUACCGCCCACAUCAAGAAGAUGUUUGAGGGCAAGUAG